AUGGACUCUUCUGCCCAGGCACGCCAGGUUCUGAUCGACGAUCUCCCGCGAGAAGGUGAUCUCGCGCAUCACACCAACGACGGGCGACCCACCACACGGGUCCGAACCGACUCAACCGAGAGCAACGUUCCCAGCCCAAACUCAAUUCCAAACCCCGAUCGAACCGAAACGCCGUCCUUCGAUAUUACAAGCCUUACUGCCCAACUUGCCAAGCUCAACGACUCGCUCGCCGCGCUGGAAGAUGAGGCGCGCGGAGAGCCCUACGAAAACUCAGAGGAAGAGUGCCGAGGCGCUGCGGGCGAUGUCGAGGUGCUUCUGGCCAGCUUGACGCAGCGCGCUACCAAGAAGACGUUUUUGGAAAAGUGUUUUCCGUGUAAAGGGUGGAAGAAGAGGGAUCUGUUGAGGAGGCAUGUCGGUGUUGUGCAGGAGACGUUCAAGACUGUCGGUGUGACGCAUCUUCGGGUUGCUGGUGCGUUUGCUGGGCUGUGCCAGACGGCUGAUGGUCUUGGUGAGGAUGCGGAGAGACUGGCUGGCGUUGUCGAGGAAGUGAAAGAUGCGUUUCAACCGGAGAGAGUAAGGCGCAAGGUCCUUGGGUGGCAGGAACAGAAUCUCAAGGCGGAGCUGGAGUGGGCUGAGGGACAGAUGUCUGCCGUGAGCAGCAGCAGCAGUAACGAAGCGUCGUUUCCUAGGGGAGGUGAAGAGGGAUCUGUUGAACAUGAGUCCACGGCUACGACAAGCGAGCGAGAGGCCGAUGUCGCGAAGAUGAGAUUCGAGAUGGCGAAGAUGGCGAAGCUGCCCUCAGAAUCGACAGACGACGCCCAUAGCCCCUCGGAAGAUGGUAUCCAUAAUUCCGCCAGUCAGCUCAAACGCCUCAAAGACGAUCGCGACGCGAGGGCCGAACACGACGUGGACCAAGCGCCGAUUUGCGGAAACGAUGCGAAGCGCUGA